AUCAAAAAUACAGAUAUAAAAUGUCUCAGAGAUUUACUCAGGAGAAGCUUGUGCAGAUGGAGGACACUUUUGAUAGAUUCUAUUACGACUUAAUCUUUAACUCCUUGUAUGGGGCUGGCUUUGGCUUAGUCUUCCCAUUCAUUAUUUUCACAAGUAGGUCCUUGUUCCUCAAAAAAUUCUUUACUUGCAGAAGAAGUAUGAAAAUAUUCGGAGUAGGAGCGGCUGGCUGGACUUGCUAUGAUAGACUACUAUAGACAAGCCUUUACAAAGCAAUAACU